AUGGAGUUUUCAAAUCGACACUCUUUAUUCUCUGUCCUUUUUUUUGUAUCUACUAUUCUGGUUCAACACUUCGCUGCCGUGAAUUCUAUCGGAGUUAAUUACGGCACCCUCGGAAACAACCUCCCGCCUCCGGCUCAAGUUGCACAGUUCCUCAAGGAUAAAACCACCAUCGACAGAGUCAAGCUCUUCGACGUGAACCCAGAUAUUCUCCGGGCAUUUGCGGGCACAGGAAUCUUUGUCGCCGUCACUGUUCCCAACGGAGAAAUCCCUAACCUCGUCAACAUGAAGAAUGCUCGCAGGUGGGUGGGUGACAACAUUAAACCAUUCUACCCACAAACUAAAAUCAACUACAUUCUUGUCGGAAAUGAAGUACUCCAUUGGGGACCUCAAAAUCUGAUUGAUAAUCUAGUUGGCGCCAUGAAAGCUCUUCACAAUGCACUCAUCCGGUCUGGGAUUCAAGGUGUUAAUGUUACAACGGCUCAUGCUCUGAGUAUUCUUGAAUCUUCCGACCCCCCGAGUUUGGCCAAGUUUCGACCGGGUUGGGACAAGGGAGAUCUAGCUCCCAUCCUGCAAUUUUUACGGCAAACAAAAUCUCCGUUCAUGGUGAAUCCAUAUCCAUAUUUCGGAUACAGCCCAGAAAAAGCAGAUUUUGCACUCUUCAAACCAAACCCAGGCGUAACCGAUAAAUAUACAAAAAAAUUAUACACGAACAUGUUCGAUCAGUUAAUCGAUUCAGUCUACACUUCUAUGAAGAAAUUGGGCUAUGGCGAUGUGGAGAUUGCCGUAGGGGAGACUGGUUGGGCUUCUGCAGGGGAGACUUUUGAGCCAAAAUGUACUAUUCCAAAUGCAGCUUCUUACAAUGGGGGUUUGGUGAAGAAAUAUAAUCAAGGAACUGGGACGCCAUUGUUGCCGGGAAGGAAGUUCGAAACCUAUAUUUUCGCACUUUUUAAUGAGAAUUUGAAGCCUGGUUCUUUCGCUGAAAGGAAUUUCGGUUUGUUCCAGCCAGAUUUUACACCUGUUUAUGAUGUUGGAAUCAUGCGAGGUACCGCAGGCGUGCCUGAUCAGCACAUCCCAACACCCACUCCAUCAGUUCCAACACCUUUGUUGCCCGUUCCAAAGCCACCAACACAGGGCAACAAAAAAUGGUGCGUGCCGAAGGCUGAGGCCACCGAUGCACAACUGCAAUCUAAUAUCGACUAUGUAUGCAGCCAAGGUGGUAUGGAUUGCAGGCCAGUUCAAGCCAAUGGUGCUUGUUUCAACCCUAACACAGUACGGGCUCACGCAUCUUAUGUCAUGAAUUCUUGGUACCAAAGCAAGGGUCGAAAUGAUUUCGAUUGUGAUUUUUCGGGCACCGGUGCCAUCACCUCUUCUGACCCAAGUAAUGGGUCGUGCUCAUUCCUCUCCUGA